CGCAGUCAGCUCGCAGCUACCUCCAGGCUCCUCGGACGGUAUAUAUACAGUCUAUGGGUGGAAGCGACACCAGACCGACACCGUCAGCCGCCUCUCCGGGGGACACAGGGAGCGGAUCGCCACGCCAGAGGGGGUUUUCCGGUCGCAACGGGGGCCGCGGACACACGGAACGGCUCGAGCGGUGCCAUACUGUGACCUUUAUGUGAGGUCGAAGCCCUAAAGGAGCGGGUCAUAGACGGGAGGAGAGACUCGGAGAGAAGCAUCUGGCCACAGACGCCUGGAUACGUGUUUUUAUUUUUUACUCGGUUCCUUAAACCUGCAGCCACAACCAACAGUUUUGACGGCAAGUGGAAACGACCAUGGAGGCCAUUGCCAAAUACGAUUUCAAAGCCACCGCAGAAGACGAGCUUAGUUUCAAACGCGGAGAAGUCCUGAAAGUAUUAAAUGAAGAGUGUGAUCAGAACUGGUACAAGGCCGAGCUAAACGGAAAAGACGGCUUCAUCCCCAAGAAUUACAUAGAGAUGAAAGCCCAUCCGAGCUGCACACCUCCAGCUAAAAAUACACAGGUGCCAUCGCAAAGGUGGUUCUUCGGGAAGAUUCCUCGAGCCAAAGCAGAGGAGAUGCUCAACAAACAGAGGCACGACGGGGCCUUCCUCAUCAGAGAGAGCGAGAGUGCACCGGGGGACUUCUCUCUCUCCGUGAAGUUUGGAAAUGACGUCCAGCACUUCAAGGUCCUGCGUGACGGAGCUGGAAAGUACUUCCUGUGGGUGGUGAAGUUCAACUCCCUCAACGAGCUGGUGGAGUACCACCGCACCACCUCCGUCUCCCGCAAUCAGCAAAUCUUCCUGCGAGAAUUAGAGCAGGUCCCCCAGCCUCUCCUCUCUCCUCUCUCCUCCUCCUCACAGCAUCCCACGUACGUGCAGGCGCUCUUCGACUUCGACCCCCAGGAGGAAGGCGAGCUGGGCUUCCGGCGCGGCGACUUCAUCCAGGUCCUGGACAACUCCGACCCCAACUGGUGGAAAGGAGGCUGCCACGGCCUCACGGGCAUGUUCCCCCGCAACUACGUCACGCCUGUCAACCGGAACAUGUAAACAGUCCGACCAUGUAAACAACAACAACAACAACUUGGCAACCAUCCCCACCACCAUCAUCAUCAUCGUUCUUCAUCAGCCACCCCAUCACCCCACAUCCCUCUCGGCCAUUCCACGAUGAGAGAAAGAGAGAGAGAGAGAGAGAGAGAGAUAUUAAACGUGGGCGUCGCUGUGUCGGUGGCAGCGGAGCAAAAUCAGCUUUUACUUGUGCUGAGAAGGUCCCCCCCCCCCCAGGCGAGGAAUCGAACCGUCGCUGAGAGAAAUCAAGAUGAGGAGAAACUAAAGAGUUAGUUGCACCGACCAUGAAGAUAACCAAACGAUUCCACCGCUGCCACCACGGCUGCUCCCGUCUUCUCCUUUACUUCUUAACAUUCUGACUUUUUCUUUUUUGUGUUUUUCUUCUUCUUCUCCUUCUUUGCCGCAUGUUGUUUUAAUCUCCUAAAAGAAAUGCCUACCGAUAAAUCCUAACUCUGUUUUAAAGAAAAAAGUCAAUAAAAAUAUAAAAAAGAGGAAAUGGUUUUUAAAAAAUUGUUCAAAAAAGAAAAGAGGAUAAAAGAAAUGAUGCCAUCGACAGUACAGCAAGUAUCCAUGUUUAAGUUCAUUGGCACGUGAGCAUUGUACAUCAGCCAUUGGCUGUAUAAAUAAAUCAACUAUAGAGAGAAUCCAUUUUUUAAGAAUAUAUAUUAUAUAUUUGUAUGUGUUUGUCUGUUUUACCUCUCAUCAAAUUGUUUUUUGUUUUUUCCAUUUGUAAAUUAUGUUCGAUCCUCUGUUAGUCUGGAUAAGACCUAGUAGCUCUAGAAUAUGCUGAGAUGUCCGUGUUUCCUUUCUGUUUGUUCUGAAUCUAUCUGAGGGCUCUCAGAUAACACAGCAUGACAUGUACGGGGGUCACGAGUUCCAUUGAGAAGGAAAAGGUUUCUCUCGUGUGUCUGUAAUGCAAACGAGAAGGAAAAAGUCAUCGUUAAUGCGGAGAAACCUAGAAGAGUCGAGCCCUGUCGGGAAGCGAGCGGCGACCAGCAGGUGGCGCCACAAUGCUGCAAGCGCUGUUGUAUUACAAAGCCCUGUGUAAAGGUCAGCCACCUUUUCAAAGCCAAUGUAUUUAUUGCAGCCAUUUUUACCUGGGCAGUGAAUGUAGCCGACUGCGUCCACAGACAUUAACAUGAGGGAAGCGAGGUCUGAGAAGUGAACUACACAACCACGCAAGGGAUUUCAAAACAAAAGAGACACACACUGAGGCAGUGACGUCGUAGAUACUCAGUCAUAGAGAAGCGAGAGAGAGAGCAGUGGGGGGUGUACAGGAAGUUAAACAUGCGUAUUCACACACGUUCAUUACAUGCAUGCAGACGCUCUCCUCCUCGAUACACGUGCACGUAGCGACGAGGCAGAGUUUGGAUAAUCACAUUGUGUAAAUCACCAGUGCAGAUGUGCAGCUGGCACAACAGUCCAGAAAACUGAGAGAUUGUCUUUUAUGCUCCAAGUUGAGAGAUCAGCUUAAAUAAUGUAAAAGAUUUUUUCCCUUUUUUGUUUUUGUUCUUUCGUUUCUUGGUCCAACGUGUGGUCAAGCCCUUUUUUUUUUUUUUUUUUACUUUUGUUUUCGUCGAUUGUUGACUUCCUGUUCCCGUGUGUGUGUUUGUUUACUGUGUUUGUGUUCUUCUUGUUCUCUCUGGAUAGUGCCUUUCUCUCUGGUGUUUUCAGUGUCUCCGACCUGCUACUUUGAGCCCCCCCCACCCCCCCUCAACCCCUCCCUUUACGGGGCUUGCCAGUCCUGCAGUGAGAAAACCGUGUACAUAAUCCAGCCUGCCCCCCCCCCCCACAUCUACCCGCCUACACCUUUGUCCUCACCAACGUGGAACUCUUCUUAUUUAAAUGUCUCUCGCCUUGUCUUACGUAAUGAUACUUUUUUUUUUUUUGUUUUUUGCUCUUUUAUUUUUUUGUUUUAUUUGCAUUUGUUUUUGUUUUUUGUUUUCAAUUAAUAAAAUGCAAUUAUUAAAAAAAGGAGAAAA